CCGCAUCAUGACGCAGCCCGCGAAAAGAUCCCCCCUGCCAAAGCACCUCCAAUUCGCCUUCGGAGGCAUGUCCGGCAUGGCCGCGACUUGCGUUGUGCAGCCUGUCGAUCUCAUCAAGACCCGUAUGCAGCUCACCCCCUCCGUCGCGGGCCUUCCGAAGCCCGGCUUCGUCUCUACCGUGCAGUCGGUGACAGCCUCUGAGGGUGUGCUGGCGCUCUACAAGGGUCUGUCUGCCGGUCUCUUCCGGCAAGUGACAUACACGACGGCCCGCCUAGGCACGUUCGGCGUGCUGAAAGACCUGAUGUCACCUGACGGCACGCCGCUCCCCUUUUUUAAGAAGGCCUUCGCGGGGAUGGUUGCGGGCGGCAUCGGGGCGGUCGUCGGCAACCCGGCCGAGGUUGCCCUGAUCCGCAUGACGGCCGACGGCCGUCUGCCACCCGCCGAGCGCCGCGGCUACACCUCGGUCUUCAACGCCCUCGGCCGCGUCACCAGCGAGGAGGGCCUCGCCACCCUGUGGAGGGGCACGUCCGCCACGGUCGGCCGCGCAAUGCUGCUCAACAUCGCACAGCUGGCCACGUACGACCAGGCGAAGGAGAUGAUCCUCGCCACCGGCGCCUUGGGGGAUAACAUGGGCGCGCAUAUUGCCGCGUCCACGUGCUCCGCGUUCGUCGCCACCGGCGUUUCUAUCCCGCUGGACUCCGCUAAGACGCGCGUGCAGAAUAUGAACGUUAUUAAUGGCGUCCCAGAGUAUUCGGGUAUGGUGGAUGCGUUGAGGAAGACCGCACAGAGAGACGGCGUGUUGAGCUUGUGGAGAGGGGUCACACCCUACUUCUUGAGGCUUGGGCCGCAUACCAUUCUCACGUUCGUUUGCCUCGAGCAGUUUAAGGCCGCGUAUCAGCGCACGAGAAAUUUACCACACCGAUGUACAGUAGUGCAGAGUACGGAGGACAGGGCAUAG